AGCAUUGGCACGCAGUAUACGAAUCCAAAUCCGCCAAGAACAUCAGACACUUUCGAUGAAACAGUUAUUGUAGCACCAUUCUAUGUUGACACUUUGAAUGGAACUGUUUCAUACAGAGUCGUUGAUAUUCUGCAAAACAGUGACCUGCAUCACAAUGAAGAUAUAAAUACAUUGCGAAGGAUUGUCUCCCUUGUUAGUGACGACACGACGUUUGGUAUUAAGUUUGCAGUGAUUGCAAGUUGGUCGAAUAUGACUCCAUAUUAGAAGAUAUAUGAAGACGAACAGACAAGCACUUUUCAGAUGGCUAUUGUAACCGACGGCCGAGUGACAUAUUCCAUCUUUAUUUACGGGCAGAACCAAAUGUUAUGGAACGUUAAACGAGAAAACAAACCCAAUGUUUUCACUGGAAUUAUAAUCGACAAGCAAUUCAGUUACAAAGAUGUAUUUUCGUUUGAAACACCAAUUCUGCGAAUGGAUCGUUACGCGAAUACUCAUGGCAUUAAUGGCUUAAUAAUCAAAGGGAUCGCUGCAAAUAAACUACUCCAGAACUUUGCCAUGGAUUGCGUAGACUGGUUUAUAAGUAACAAACAUAAGAAAGAGGAAUAUCACAAAAUAAUGAGCAUGCUCCCUCAGUGUCCAUGUAGCCUUGAGAAAGCAGAACAAGAUCCUUUAGCAAGGGGCGAAAGGACAACUAAUGACAAAACUAUUUGUAUAGAACUUCUUCCAACCUUCAGGGCAGGAUUGUAUGGCAAGGUGUGCUGCUAUGAAAGAAGUUCAGGACAAUGGACGGACGAAAUUCCGUUUGCCGGGGGAUUAUACGCUUUUCAUCCAGACCUUUCCCCACAACAACACAAACUACAUGAUCAGCUUCCUAAGGACGUUUGCUGUUCAAAGUCAAGUUAUUGUCACCUUUACUACGAAUUACGACCCAUUGGAGAAUGCUACAGACAUACGUGGUUUGACUUUGCGGUAUCUUGGGGAGAUCCCCACAUACUUACUCUGGAUGGAAAGAAGUUUAUCUUUAAUGGACUCGGAGAAUACACGCUCUUGAAACACAACUUUGAAGGCAGCACCUUUGAUUUACAAGCAAGAACAGAGCGGGCUGUUACAGUGAAUAACACUUUAACGGAUGCCACAAUAUACACAGCAUUUGCUGCCAAGGACAGUUCUGGAUCUUCUGUACACGUUGAGCUCAACACUAACAGGAACGGCACCAUAUUGUACGUCAACAAUAUCGAUCGGACUGCUGAUCAAGCGAAUGACUCAUUCACGUUACAAACGGAAAACAAUACGUUAAUAGUUGUAAAACAUCGUGACGGCAAAAACAAAACGAAUCUGGAAAUUAAUUUUGUUAAGUCAGGAGUAUCUCUGAGUAUAUUUAUUGGCAAUGGGAUGCUGACACUUAAAACAACCGUCAACGUAUCGCUAAAAGGGAAAGUGCGAGGAUUGUUGGGUGAUUUUGAUGGAGAUCCGGACAACGACUUUAUAACUCCUGGCAAUCAGAUUUUUAACAGCAAUAUCAGCGAAUCUGAAAUAUUUCAAUAUGGCCAAAUGUGGGAAAUUGAUGGCUUGAACUCUGCAUUCCGGUAUAGCGACAAGAAGAACCACAGCCAUCAUCACAACAGCUCCUUUAUACCUCGCUUCCUAGACUCAGUUCCAGUUGAAGUUAUAAAGGCAGCAAGCGAGAAAUGUGGCGGAAACCAGGACCUCGCCUGUUUAUUUGAUCAUGUGUUUACAGAAAAUGAAGACAUUUCAAAGCAAACGCAUGAGACAACAAACGAUGCAAAAGAAGCGAUGACUGAAAUUAACAGGAGCGUUCCAAAACUGGUGACAUGUGGUCGACUGGACGUAUUGAGUGGAGGGGAAGCGGAGUGUCAAUUGCAGUUUGGCAGUGAUGUUACAGAUAUUGAAUUGUUAGGAACCAUGAACAACUCGGUAUUUGUAAAUCAAACAACUGGAAUUCUUAGAUACAAGUAUAUACCCUGCCUGCCUGAUGAUAUUCCACGUCUCAUUGUAAAGGCUGAGGACGGUGGUAUAUCUCCCGUUGCAAACAUUCCUAUAACAGUAUGUACCGGUUGUAGUGGCAAUGGGCAGUGUAUUAACGAAACAGAGAUGCGGGGCAGUCAGACGCUGUUGUUUCAAUAUAAAAAGUGCCUUUGUUAUGACCAAUACACAGGACUUGACUGUGAGUUAGAUAUCGACGGGUGUGUUGGAGAACCAUGUUCCAUUGGACGGAACUGCUCCGAUGUACCUGCAGAAAAACACCUGGAAGACGAACCGGGAUUUAAUUGCACCAGUUGUCCGGAUGGGUAUAUCGAUGAUGGUGGGAGGUGUCAAGAUAUCGAUGAGUGUGAGGACACGAACUCAUGUGCACAAAUGUGUAUUAAUACAGAAGGAUCUUUUAUUUGUUCGUGCAAAAGUGGAUAUAGAGCUGAAUCGUCUGACCUGACAAAAUGUGUCGACAUCAAUGAAUGCGACGAAGCUACUCACAACUGCUCCCACAUUUGCGAAAACACAAACGGAGAGUUUCAAUGCAAAUGCCAUCCGGGUUAUAAACUUGACGAUACGAGGACUGAAUGUGGAAAGAUUAACAACAAUGAUAUCUGUGGUUCUGAUUGCUCAAAUACAUCAGGAUGUACAACGAAUAAGAACAAUGAAUCGACAUGCUUUUGUGAGAAUGGUUUUGAGCUAGACAAAGAUUCGAAGACUUGUACAGAUAUUGAUGAAUGCAAAAGGAACGUUUGUCCCCAAGAUUGUACAAACUCUAUCGGGUCGUAUUCAUGCAGAUGUUUUGACGGAUACAGAUUGCAGGGACUGAAAGAAUGUAAAGAAUGUGCCCCUCCAUACUUUGGAAGAAAUUGUGAAGACACAUGCAACUGUUCAUCUCUCGGCACGAAAGAAUGUCAUCAAGUGAGGGGUUGCGUCUGUGAAAACGGAUGGCAAGGAGAAAGGUGUGAUGUUGAUGUCAAUGAAUGCGACAGUCACAUUUCACUGUGUUCCGAUGCCUACCAGAUGUGUGUCAAUAUUCCAGGAUCGUUUCUCUGCGAAUGUUUAAUGGGAUUCAAAGAUAGUGGGAGUAACCAUUGUGAAGACGUAGAUGAGUGCACCAAUUCUUUACUUAAUGGAUGCGGACAAAAUAUGAUAUGCAGCAAUACUGAGGGUGGUUAUACAUGUGAAUGCAUGGAAGGAUUCGUUCAGUCGGACCAAGACUGUAAAGACGUUGAUGAAUGUAAUCUCGGAAUAAGCGGAUGCCAACAAAUGUGCGAAAAUUUUCCUGGUCAUUUCAACUGCUAUUGUUAUUAUGGAUAUACCUUAGCCGAGGACCGACAAUCAUGCCUGGAAGUCCAGAACCCAUGUUUACAAUUAGGUAAUCUAAACUGCUCUCAUUAUUGUGUCGUUGAGGAAAAUGUGGCUGAAUGCAAAUGCAACUUUGGCUUUUACAUCGAUGAAGAUUUACUAACAUGUAAAGAUAUAAAUGAAUGCGAUAACGAUACUUUAAAUGAAUGUGAACCAAAAGGGAAUUGCAUUAACGUUGCUGGUUCAUGUAAGUGUGAGUGUACACCAGGAUAUAAACUCUCCAAUGACGGUCGGCAGUGUAUAGAAUGUGAUCAAUACCACUUUGGAACGAACUGUGAGCAAACCUGCAGCUGCUUACAUGGAACAUGCGAUAAAACACAAGGUUGUAACUGCAGUAACGGAUGGGCUGGUGAUCAGUGUGAUACUGACCUCGACGAAUGUGACAAUGAAGACUUGUGUCCUACAACCUUUGAGUGUGGUAAUACGCUGGGCAGCUUCCUUUGUCAGUGUAAGACUGGGUAUGUUAGGACAGAGGACAGAUGCGAAGAUAUCGAUGAAUGUCUGGACGCUUCACUCAAUACAUGCGAACAAGCAUGUCACAAUACCGGCGGCGGCUACGAAUGCAGUUGCUACAAUGGCUAUAUGUUAAAUAUAACAACUGGAUCGUGCUCAGAUGUCGAUGAAUGCCAAUCAGGAUUUCACCAAUGUGACCAAAAUUGCCAAAACACUCAGGGAGGAUAUAUAUGCACGUGUAAAGAAGGGCUUGUGCUUGAUUUAACUGACCGGCAUUCUUGUCUCGCCGAGAAAGAAUGUGCUUCAGCAGAUGCUGUCAACUGUCCGGAUCAUUCAAUAUGUGUACGAAUAAACGACACAAUUAAAUGCAUUUGUGAAAGGGGAUUUGAACAGAUAGCAGCUAACGCUUGCAUAAAUGUGAACGAAUGCGAUCAUGAUUAUGGUUACUGUGCCCACACAUGCCAAGAUAACCCAGGAGGAUAUGAUUGUCUGUGUGACGAUGGAUUCCAACUUUCAAACGACGGAAGGUCAUGUGAAGUGUGUCGACAAGGCACUUUUGGUGUAAACUGCAGUUCAAAUUGCAACUGUGAAGCCGAGAACACAUUCACGUGUGAUAACGUUGCUGGAACUUGUACAUGCAAACAAGGAUGGACCGGUGACGAUUGUUCCCAAGACGUUGACGAAUGUCAUCUCGGUACGCACAAUUGUUCAGAAAAUUCGUCAUGUAGAAAUAAAGACGGAGGUUUUUCAUGCGCUUGCCAUAAUGGCUACCAGAAGACAAGUGACGGAUUAUGCGCAAAAUGUGAUCGAAAUUACUUCGGUGAAGAAUGUCGUAACCAUUGUGAAUGUUUCGAAGACGAUACACAGUUUGCGUGCAAUCAUGUUGAUGGCCGAUGCCGAUGCAAAGCGGGGUAUGGUAGAAAGAACCAAUUGGAGACAUGCGAUCGAUGCACCAAUAACACGUACGGUUUAAACUGUGCAAACAUAUGUAAAUGUAACAUAACAAACAGCGAUAAUGGCUCUCAGUCCUGUGAUGUAAAGAACGGGACGUGCUUUUGUAACAAGUUCUGGGAUGGCAUUGCAUGCAAUGUUGAUGUAAAUGAAUGUAAAGAUCGAACUAUUUGUGGAGAUGAUUCAUUGAAAGGUUGUCACAAUACAGAGGGUAGAUAUUUGUGUGACUGCAAACGAGGCUAUGCACUAAAUGAAGACAAAUGCGUCAAAGAUACUACCUUGGAUACUACAGAUCUUCAAUAUAUAUCAGAUAACACGGUUGCUGUCACAUUAACAAGUAUAUUUGAAAUAACGUUUGACGAGACGGUGAAUCUGGAUAUAGGUGCCACGUUCAGACAAUAUGAAAGAAUACUGACCUAUUCGCUUCUUUCAUACAUGAAGAGACUUACUGCCUUUCCUGUCGAAAUAGUGAUCCAUGAUAUUUGGUGGAAAGGAAGUCUGCAUGUGAAUUUUACAGUGUUUGUUAACUCACCAGAAGAACAAGACACAAUACGAGGUGAUCUUACCAAUGCCUUAUUUGAUAUGGCACUGGGAAGUACCUUAACAUUUGAUGGCAAAGUCAUUAAUGUCUCUACAGAGUCAUUGGUCUACACGAACGAUGAAUGCAAGUUUUAUCAAAGUUUGUUUGGAAACUGCAACAUAGGCUACAAAUGUUGCGUGGAGGAAGAACGCGUUUAUUGCUGCGAGACUACAAAAAAUGACCUGGCAAUAAUCAUGGGAUCUGUAUUUGGAGGAGCUGCGUUCUUGGUUCUUCUUGUGAUAGUCUUCGUUGCCAUAUUUACACGUAGACGUAAAAUGAACAGGAAAAUGGCCUACCGCUUUGCUAGAUAAUGUGAAAUGUAAUCAGAAUUACUAAAUUCGAAUGAUGAUCUGUCAACAAAGUUACACUAUGCAUAAAAUAACAGAAAGAGUGCAAAACGUUAUUCUACGAAUUAAGUUGAUGAAAUGCUAUACAUAAAUUCAAAUAAUAUAGACAAGCUCAUCUCUGUUGGUUUCUAUGU